GACAAUAAUUUGUUCCAUGGUAAGGCGAAGCUUUCGCGCGAAGCCUUGGCAAAGGGGCACCGCUUGGCCCUCCUUCUUUCCUUCCUUCUCAGCACCAUCCCAGGGCUUCCCAUUGGAGCCAAACGGGGCUGCAACGGUCAACGGGGCUUGGCCGUGCCAAAAAGGAAAGGGGGGAAAGAAAGCCCCGACAGUUUAAAUUCCAAAAAAGCCAAAGAUGAGAGCAAAGCCCAACUUUUCAUCCUCCGCCUCUGCUGGAGCAGGAGGGGUCGGGGAGUCCGCUCCACGCAGGAAAUCCCUCACAUCCUGAGUUGCCCAGAGAGCUCGCUCUUGCUCUCUCUCUCUCUCUGUGUCUGUGUCUCUGCCUGCGUGGACGGGAGUCUCGCUUCAUGGGGCAGAGGGCAGGCCUGGGCUAAGGAAGGAAAGAAGGAAGGAAGAUGUCCCGGCGCCUCCAGGCGGAGAAGGAAGCCUCCCCGCCGGCUCUUUUCCCUCCCCAGACCCGCUGGUGGGGGGGCUGCUGCUGCUGCUGCCUCCAGCUGCUCAGCCUGGCCAGCUUCCUCCUCCCCCCCGCCGCAGGGGCUCAAGGAGGGGAUGCUGAGAGUAAAUGGAUUCCAAAGAACAAACCUGAGCAGUAUGAAAUAACCGUCCCUUAUUUCAUGAAUGGCCAACAGUGGAAACCAAUGAAGAAUUUUGAUUCACAGAAUCACCCAGCAAGACUGAAAUUUCGUAUACAGGCGGAGAGAGAGCAACUUGUCAUCAGUUUGGAGAGAAAUGAUGGCCUUUUUGCUGGAAAUUUCACAGAAACACAUUAUUUGGAAGAUGGUACAGGUGCCGUUCUCAUGCGCAAUUACACGAAUCACUGCUACUAUCAUGGUCAUGUACAGGAUUAUGCCAUAUCUGCAGUAAGCAUGAGCACAUGCUUUGGACUCAGGGGACUGAUUUCAUUUGAAGAUAAAGCCUAUAUUUUAGAGCCUUUGGAAGGUGCUACAAAUGAACAUAUAAUUUACCGCGCAACGAGCCUGAAACUAGCCCCAGGUUCUUGUGGGCAUCAUCUCAACAUCUCAGCUGUCACACUGGAGAAUACUGUACAAUCUAUUCAGACAUUUGCAAGUCGACACAAGAGGGACGCUCUAAAAUCCACCAAGUAUGUGGAGCUCAUUGUUGUUGCUGAUAAUCGAGAGUUUCAGAGACAGGGCAAGGAUCUGGAGAAAGUGAAGCUGAGACUGAUAGAAAUGGCAAACUAUGUGGAUAAGUUCUAUAGGCCACUAAAUAUUCGAAUAGCGUUGGUUGGAGUGGAGAUCUGGAAUGAUGCAGAUAAGUGUACAGUAACCCAAGACCCAUUCACCACCCUCCAUGAAUUUCUAGACUGGCGAAAGCUAAAACUACUACCUCGUAAACCCCACGACAAUGCACAACUAGUGAGUGGAGUCUAUUUCCAAGGUACUACCAUUGGCAUGGCACCUAUAUUGAGCAUGUGUACUGCAGAGCAGUCUGGAGGUAUUGUUAUGGAUCAUUCAGAUAGUCCUUUGGGAGCAGCUGUAACUCUGGCUCAUGAACUGGGCCAUAACUUUGGGAUGAACCAUGAUACACUGGAAAGAGGUUGCAACUGCAAAGCAUCUACUGACAAAGGGGGCUGCAUCAUGAACCCUUCGACAGGUUACCCUUUUCCCAUGAUGUUCAGCAGCUGCAGCAAGAAAGACCUGGAAAACAGUUUGGAAAAAGGAGUGGGAAUGUGUCUGUUCAAUCUGCCAGAGGUGAAGGAAUCCUUUGGGGACCCAAAGUGUGGGAACGGCUACGUAGAAGAAGGAGAAGAAUGUGACUGUGGUGAACUUGAGGAAUGUACAAACCAGUGUUGUAAUGCUACUACCUGCACUUUAAGACCAGGAGCCUUUUGCGCCCAUGGACUUUGCUGUGAAAACUGCAUGCUGAAGCCAGCGGGCAUCUUAUGCAGGGAUGCCAGUAAUUCCUGUGACCUUCCCGAAUUCUGCACUGGAGGCAGCCCUCACUGCCCAGCCAAUGUUUACUUACAUGACGGACAUUCCUGCCACAGGGUGGACGGAUACUGCUAUAAUGGCAUGUGCCAGACCCAUGAACAGCAAUGCAUCACACUCUGGGGGCAAGGUGCCAAGCCUGCUCCUGGAAUAUGCUUUGAAAGAGUCAAUUCUGCCGGUGAUCCUUACGGAAAUUGUGGCAAAGAUUCCAAAAGUUCCUUUGCCAAGUGUGAAGCCAGAGAUGCUAAGUGUGGAAAAAUUCAAUGUCAAGGUGGAGCAAAUCGACCUGUAAUUGGUACCAAUGCUGUCUCCAUAGAAACAAACAUCCCACUACAGGAAGGCGGCAGAAUCCUCUGCCGUGGAACUCAUGUUUACCUGGGAGAUGACAUGCCUGACCCUGGUCUUGUCCUCAUUGGAACCAAGUGCGCAGAUGGAAAAAUCUGUCUCAACCGUCGCUGCCAAAAUACCAGUGUAUUUGGUGUUCAUGAAUGUGCAACAAAAUGUCAUGGCCGUGGAGUCUGCAACAAUAAAAAAAAUUGCCACUGCGAGGCACACUGGGCUCCUCCCUUUUGUGAUAAGGCAGGAUUUGGUGGCAGUGUAGACAGUGGGCCUCUUAGACAAUCUGAUAACCAGAGUUUAAUCAUAGGACUGCUCAUAACCAUCCUGUGCCUUCUGAUUGCUGGUUUGCUUAUGUACAUCAAAAGGAAGACCUUGAUUAGACUGCUCUUUAUUAAUAAGAAGACUACAAUUGAGAAAUUAAGGUCUGUGACUCCAGCGAGACCUUCCAGUUCGUUUGAACCUAAUCAUUUUCCUACUACAACACUUAAUAAAAAUCUAGCCCAAAAGCCGCAAAAUUUGUACACACAGAAGAGAAACGAUCCGCAAAGGAUGCUAAGAUAUCAGACAGGUGACAUUAGUAAGCCUGUGAAGACUCAGGAUAGAUGGCGGUCAAGCCCACCGGAGCGUGCCUUGCCUUCUCUUUGUGAGCUACCCAGCCAACAUUCUGUUCCUAGGAAGCUGCUGCCUGCUAUUCCUCUGAGACAUGAGCAGGAAUCUUGCAAGCCGAGUCCUCCACGAAAGCCUUUGCCGGCUGAUCCUCAGAAAAGCAAAAGUGCAAACUUUGCCAAUGCCUCCAGAGCAGCACAUGAGUUUCCUAAACCUGUGUGUCAACUUUCUCCUGUUAGGCCUGCACCAAAACAUCUGCUUCAUGGGCACAGAUCCUGCAAUACUGCCUUUAAGCAAUGACAAAAUGGAACACAACAAUUUUAUCCUGGAAAGUGAAGACAGAAGUUUGCACUAUUUUCAACUCUAGUUGGAGAUCCAUAUUUUUAUAUCAUUAGCUAGAAUGUUUUAAUGUUCAGAAACCCAUUAUUUUUAAGAACUCUGGGCUACUGCCUUUGGUGCUAUGUGAAGGUGGGCUGCGUCCUUGCUCAGGUACUUGUAAAUUAUUAAUUUAUAUUGAAUAUUUAUUACAGUGUAGAGCACUGUAGUAGAUAUUUUUUCACCAUAACCAAAUUUUCCAAGGAAGGAAGCCAUUUUUUAUGCUUUUUAAGCACACGGGAACCCAUCCUUCAUUACAAAUGUCUCAGCGGGUUGUACACACUCCUUAAAGGUGACUAUAAUUGGGAUCCAUUUCUUCCGGCAAGCUGAAAGGAAACUGGCGAAAGCUAGCAAACUAUUAAAACAAAAAUAUGCACCCGAAAGUCAGUUUUAAAUCAAGAGUGGAUAACUGUGGAGUAGAUAACUUUUGAGGGUCCAGGGAGCAUUCUUGUGCCCUACAGACCCAUGAUAGUUCACACCAUCCUAUUUGAGAUCAUAAAUAGCAACUGAAAGUCCUUUCUGGCUGCAAUGCUUGACUUUGCCUAGAUGUCCUCUUGGUGUUUCGAAGGUGUUUAAACUCAAACUUCAUGCAUGGAGGAAUUGGAGGCCUAUAAAAUUCUCAGCAUUUGGGUAUUCAACAUGGCCUGAGAUAAAGAAACAUUAGCAAUAGUGAUGCCAGCAAGCCAUAAAACCUCAUACCUCUAUGUCUUUUCUAGUAGAUUGGUCUGAAAAGGUGGUAGUUACUGCAGCAGUACAUGUAACAAAGUCUGCAGGCAGUAUUUCAUUCAGUCCUUAUUCUAUUGCUGUAUUGAGAAGUAACUGUCAGAUUUACCCUGAAUCAGUUUAAAAGUUUCCGUAUAUAAGACACAGGAAAAGGAAAUUCACUAGCUAAUUUUACCAAUUCAGUAUUUACCAUGAAGAGAAACAUAGGGACACUAAAAUGGGAAACAGACAGCAACUGAUUGGAAGGAAAUAACACAAAAAUAUGAUAAAUGCAGCUACUUUCAGAUACAUUCUUGUUAUGCAUCUCCAUCAUCAUGGUUUAGAAUAUUGUUUCAAAGGAUACUGAAGACAUGAAUUGGAGACUUGAAGACUUGUCCAAACAUCAAAAAUCUCAUUUUGAUGAUAAAUCUAGCCUCGCCUAGGAAAUGUCUGGUAUAAUACCCUGUAGGCCACAGCAACAGGUUCUAAACUUAAGAUCACAUAGAUAUUUGUUUCAGCUAUAGUACUUGUUUUUAUCAACUCAUGAUCUCUUUCAAAUUCACAAUCUGUUUUAGAUAUAUUUUCAGAUUACACUGAGACAAAUCAUAUUUCAAGAGGCUGAAUAAGUUUUUCAAAUGUUUUUGAAUGAAAACUAAGAGUUAGAAUGCAAACCAACUUUGACCUUGUUCUUGAUUUUGAUACUUGAUAGAACAUUUCUGCAUUAAUUCAAAUUUGAGGGUUUUGGGUGCUUUUUUAAAAUGGUGCUCUGAUAAUCCAUUUCAUUCAUUGCAAUAAAAGGUAUUGAGCCCUUUGUGGUAAUCUGGGCUGCAGCGGUCAUCAGGUAAUAUGGUACUGUUGCUACUUUGUUGUUGUGUGUCUUUAAGUCGUUUCUGCCUUAGGGCAAGCCUAAGGUGAAAUUAUUAUAGGGCUUUCUUGGAA